GGAUAGUAUUAUCCAGUUCCCUUUGAAUGAAAUAGACAUCGGUAUAUUUCACUAGAGUCGUUUGGACUUAUUUUACUAUGUUAUUUAUAAAUAUUGUAAAAGCGUUCUUAGUGCGGGUCGUGUUGCUAGUGCACAGUAUUUUGGCUGUUUGGAGAGCAGUAAGUAUUUCAAACAAUACAUGGUUGUGGUUGCUUGCAGUUGCGGAUGUUGCAUUCAUCAUUGAAGCAUUGAUAACCAUCAUAAAGAGAAAGGGAAUGGAAUAUAAGUGGUUUUGUCCGUGUUUCUUUUUCUACCUCGGAGGAACUCUUCCUUCUAUCUGGCUUCUGGAGUUGGACAGACGAGAGCGUUAUGUGGCUGUCAAGCAAGGAGUGAACAACGCUACGGCAACGGAAUCAUUAGCCGAAAUCUAUCCUGGUGUUUCCAUUCCCAUUUCGUUACCUGCAGACACUUGGGUUUUGUUGAUAGAGCAAUUUCUACUUUAUUUUAUGAUCGUUGGAAGAUGGCUUUUACCGCGAGGAACAAUUUCGAGAAAUGAACUUUCCCAGCUCUUGUUUGUCUUCAUUGGAAUAGCCUCGGAUAUCACAGAGUUCUUCACCUUAUUUGAUGAAGAUGUUGUUCGUAAAAACCUCGAACUGACCUACGCCAUAUUGAUUAUCUGGACCAUCAGCCUGGUGCAGUUUUGUUUCGUGUUAACUGCGACCAAGAAUUCUAAUAAACCCCGCGUUGCGCUUCACGAUACCGAUGAGGAAACUGGCCCAGGCACUCCAAAACGAAGACGAAAGGGAGGCUGUGAGAAAUGUGUUUCGAGUGAAGUCUGGAGCACCAUGGUAACAAUGUGUAUGCAAGAUGGUCCAUUCUUGACGAUCAGAUUAUUUGUUAUAAUCACAUACCAUCUUGUCAAUUAUGCUAUUAUUUUCUUUACUGCUAAGAACGCUCUGGUAAUGCUGUUGCUACUAUAUCGUUUGAUAGUUAUUUGUGGUCAGAAAAACCCUGAAAGCGAUCGGGCAAUUUCAGAAAUUGGAAUUUAUAUCCCAGAUCCAGUCAAUGUUUCUAACUGUUCUAUGACUUCAUCUCCCGCACCCAACAAUAUACAAGAUGUUAGCGUUCCACAACAAGAAAAAAUAAAUGUACGUCAUGUUGGAAAGGACUGUGACUAUAAUGGAUCUAAAAAUCACUCCAGAAGAAAUGUCAACACGAGCAAAAUGUAG